CUCUCUCUCUCUCUAGAAACAUCCCAUCACGCACCCUCUCCCUUCUCUCUUCUUCCCAAACUGCAGCAAAGCAAAACCCAAAAACGGACCAAGCGCCCAAUGAAAUCGAGAGAAGGUUCACGUCACCCAGCUGCCCACCACUAACCCCACCCGAUCGCCAUGCUGCAGCUCCAGCCCCCUCGCUUCCUGCCCCUCUCCCGCCGCCGCAUCGCCGGUCGCCGCCGGCGCCUCCCGCCGGCCCUCGCACUCCACUCCCAGUGGAAGCUCCCCGACGUCGACACAGAUGCGGUGCGGCAGCGGGUGCGGUCGUGGAUGUCCCUGGCGAGGGGUGCGAUCGCCGACGCGGCGCACGCGGCGCGGGAGAGAGCGAUACAGCACAAGGAGGAGCCCCCGGAGGGGAGGAAAAAAAAGCAGCGGAAGGAGGUGGCGGUGGAGGAGCAGGCGCUCGUCGCGGUGCCGGAGAUCACCGUGGAGCGGCGGGUGGCUCAGGGGUGGCUCUCGCUGGACGCCGUCGUCUCCAUCGAGCAGUUCGCUAGGUUGAAUGGAUUGACGGGGAGAAAGGUGCAGAGGAUCUUUAAAUCACUUGCUCCUGAACGUCUCCACAAUGAUGCUCGAAGCCUGGUUGAGUAUAGUUGCUUCCGGUACUUGUCAAGAGAUAAUUCUGACUUCCAUCCAAGCUUGAAGGAGCUUGCCUUUCAAAAGCUUGUCUUUGUGACUAUGCUUGCUUGGGAAGAUCCAUAUACCGAAGAUGAUGGUCCACUCUCUUCUCUCGAUAACUAUUCUGUACUGGGAAGACUUGUUGGAGAAGAUGCCUUUGUCCGAAUUGCUCCUGCUGUUGCGGGUGUUGCGGACAUUUCAACAGCUCAUCAUCUCUAUAGGGCCCUUGUUGGCGCAGAAAAGGGACUUUCAUUUGAUCUGUGGACAACAUAUCUUGCCGAACUUUUGAAGGUUCAUCGUGGCAGGCAGACACAUCAAGCAGGAGAUAAUUUUUUGUCUGACGAGCAAGUCCUAUGCAUAGCCUCUAGUAAAAAAAGGCCUGUUCUAAAAUGGGAGGAAAAUACCGCAUGGCCUGGAAACCUUACCUUGACAGACAAGGCUCUAUAUUUUGAGGCCAUUGGACUGGCAAGUACCAAGAAACCAAUGAGGCUUGACCUUACCGACAAGAAUUCAAGGGUUGAGAAAGCAAAGGUGGGACCAUUUGGAUCCAAACUGUUUGACUCUGCUGUAUCAGUUUCUUCGGGUUCAAUGUCAGAUGAAUGGACAUUAGAAUUUGUUGAUUUUAGUGGGGAGAUGAGACGAGAUGUAUGGCUUGCCUUCAUCAGUGAAAUUAUUUCAGUGUAUAGGUUCAUUCGUGAAUAUGGUCCAAGUGAUGAUGAUCCAGCAAUUCAUCAUGUAUAUGGUGCCCACAAAGGCAAGAAAAGAGCUGUUAGCAGUGCAGCAAACAGUAUUGCAAGGUUUCAGUCUCUGCAAUUCAUACGGAGAUUAUACGAGGAUCCGGCUAAGCUAGUGCAGUUCUCCUACUUAUCAAAUGCACCAUUUGGUGAAGUUGUUCUUCAGACCCUAGCAGUGAAUUUUUGGGGUGGGCCUUUGAUUACGAAGCCUAAAUCAGCAAAUCACAGGUCACCUCAAUGGCAUAGAUCUUCAGAGGAUCCAUCUAAUGGUAAUGCACAUGUUUUUGACAUAGAUGGCAGUGUGUACUUACGCAAGUGGAUGACAUCCCCCAGCUGGGCAUCUAGCCACUCAGCCACCUUUUGGAGAAAUUCUUCUGUCAAGCAUGGUGUAAUAUUGAGUAAAUCUUUAGUUGUAGCUGAUAAAAAUCUUGUAGAAAUAGCAAUGGUUGACUGUAAAGAGAAGAGCAAAGUAGUAGAAAGGACACAAGCUACAAUAGUUGCUGCUACAAUCGAAGGUAUUCCAAGCAACAUUGACCUCUUCAAGGAGCUUAUGCUUCCUUUUGCAAUAAUGGCCAAAAAUUUCAAGAAACUGCAAUGCUGGGAGAACCCCCGUUCAACCAUCUGUUUUCUACUGUUGGUUCAUACUGUUAUUUUCAGGAACAUGCUUUCUUAUGUUUUUCCAUUAACCUUGAUGAUGAUGGCCCUUACCAUGCUUGCCCUGAAAGGGCUGAAAGAACAAGGCCGGCUUGGUAGAUCUUUCGGCAAAGUGACUAUUAGGGAUCAACCGCCUUCAAACACAAUCCAGAAGAUCAUAGCUCUUAAAGAGGCAAUGGCCUCAGUGGAAAAUUAUCUACAGAACCUGAAUGUCUCUCUUCUGAAAAUCCGCACAAUCUUUUUAGCUGGACAACCUGAGGUGACGACACAGGUUGCGCUUGUUCUUCUAGCAUCCUCAGCCGUUCUUCUUGUGGUUCCAUUCAAAUAUGUUCUUUCGUUCUUUACAUUUGAUCUCUUCACGAGGGAGCUAGAAUUCCGGAGGGAAAUGGUGAGAGCCUUUAUGAACUUCUUGAAUGAACGGUGGGCGUCAAUUCAUGCUGCCCCUGUGGUCGUGUUACCUUAUGAGGGCACCAGCCCCAAGACACUCCCUGCAAACGCUACGGAGCAAGCUGAACCCAAGGACGAUGUGCAACGUGGCGACAGUUAUGUCACUUCAAAGAACGGCAUCAGCAGCUCAUGAUCCUCUCAGCUCUGAGCAUUGAGUUGUAAACUUGUAAUGUACACUUAAGUUUUGUACAGUAUAACUUGUACAGAAAAAAAAAAGAUUAGGCAUAGCUCAUACCAAAUGCUUGGAUUUUUUGCAUGACCUCUUGGAUUACUAUCAUAAAGUGGAGAUAACUAGACAAAGUAGGGUAGGUGUACGAACUUUUGUACAAUCGGCGGUCAUUCCUUUUGGUCGAUUAUCUGGCAUGUUUCUAAUGUUGCAUGUCCAGGGAACAGGGUUGUUUGGAAUGAAUGAACUUCACGAGAUCUUACGGAGUUUCAAAUG